GGUGAAUUACCAACAAAAUGAGUUUGUUUUGCCAGAACGUCACUUAUCAAUUUUAUUGGAUAAAUUUUCAAUUGUGACUGGUUAGGUUUUUUAAUUGAAUUUAUUUAUUCUUGAAUUAUCAUGGCAGGAUCACCUUUGCGUCGUUUAAUGGCGGAAUACAAACAAUUGACCCUCAAUCCGCCUGAAGGGAUCAUAGCUGGACCCAUAGACGAAGAAAACUUCUUUGAAUGGGAAGCUUUGAUAACAGGUCCUGAAGGAACAUGCUUUGAAGGUGGAGUUUUUCCUGCUAGACUAGUAUUUCCUCCAGAUUAUCCUUUAAGUCCACCAAAAAUGCAAUUUACAUGUGAAAUGUUUCAUCCCAACAUCUAUCCAGAUGGACGUGUCUGCAUUUCAAUUUUACAUGCUCCUGGAGAUGAUCCAAUGGGCUAUGAAUCAUCUGCUGAACGUUGGUCUCCAGUGCAAAGUGUUGAGAAAGUUUUACUUUCUGUCAUUUCAAUGUUAGCUGAGCCCAAUGAAGAAUCUGGAGCGAAUGUUGAUGCUGCUAAGAUGUGGCGUGAAGAUAGGAAUCAAUUUUAUGCGAUUGCUGAUAAACUUGUUCGCAAGUCUUUGAAUAUUCCAGUGUAAAUUGUUCAACUUAUACAACCUGCUUGUCAUUUAUACCGUUAAAAUUAAGAAAUCUCUAUCAAUCAAACUUGAUCAAUUUUAUUAUAUUAUAUUUAUCUAAAUUGAUUAAUUUGAGCUGAAAUCAUACAAUUUAUCAAUCUUUAUCAAAUUAUUUCAAGUGAAUCAAUUAUCUUUACAGAUAAUCACUAUAACAAUUUAGUGAUGUAGUGAUUACUGAUUAAAUAUCAAAUAAACAAUUAUUAUCACCCAUUGCA